GGUAAUUUAAAUUGUUAGUGUUGCGGGCUUUUCGGACGUCUUCGUCCUUGUGUGUAAGAGUGAUGUAACACGGUCGAACCCUAACCUGAGUUUUAAACAAUUCCGAUGAAAUUUCUAUGCGUCUUGAGCAUUCUUCUGUCCAAUCCAUCUUUUUUAAUCAUGGUGUAUCCUCACUUUUGUUUGACAUCCAGAUACUUGCUCAAAUCAGUUUAACAAAUUUGAUCCUAUUAUUUUUCAUGAUCAAUUCUUCAGUAGAUUCCGAAAUGGACGAUUUUGAUGAUAAUGGAAAUAGACUUGUCCGACGCAAAUGGUGCCCAUGGUCUUCAUGGAGUCCAUGCUCCCCAACUAAGUGCUUCAAAGGAUUUGUAAAUAAGAAUCCUCCAUAUUGGUCAAAUCGUGAAGAACUCCUUGUCGAUGAUGACACACAGAUUACACACUGUGUUCUAAUACCAAAAAAUAGUACCAAAAAACCUAACCGAGCAUAUGUGCAACAGACAAUACAAGGUCAACAUAAAAUUCUUAUUCCCGAAAAACAGCGUUUUCGUACCUGUGAUUGUCAGUCAGUCUCCUUACUGAAUGUAUUCCGUUUGGUUAGUCGGCAUGAGUGUUUUCCUGGUGAUACAGUAUUUGAAUGCAGUGAAUGUGCAUCCAACGAAAAAAUAUACUUGAGUCGUGAUAACAGUGAUUCUGAUGCUAAUCUAAUCCCAUAUUGUUCAUAUGAACAAUCUAAUUUUCAAUUGUAUAAAAUAUUAGGUGGAAUUAUUGGAGCAAUUGGAAUUAUAUGCUUAUUAGUAUGUAUAAUACGUUUCUUAGUGAAACAAAUCUGUGGCAAUCAACGGAUACAUAAUCGAACUCCUUGCGGUGGUGGUGGCUCUGGGGCCAGUACAAAUACUAAUAGUAAUAAUGCAUCAAGUCGAUCUGGUCGAAGAAGAAAUCGUUCACCUCAAUUGCAAAAUAAUCAUAGAGAUGAUGCUACAGAAUAUUUGCAUAAUGAUUAUACUACAAGUGUAUAUCCUGUUGGUAUUGGAAACUUAGAUUUACCUCCUGCAUAUACAGAUGUUGUCAAAUUAUCUGCCAUUGAAACUGAGUCUAACAACAACAAUACAAAUAACGCAAUAAUAAUACCGGAUGCAUUUUCUUUUAAUUUAUUACCAAAUGAACAACAACAAAUCAUAAAUCCUUCUUCUUUUUUAUCUAAAUCAUCAUCAAAUCAUACUCAUCAAUUUAAUUGUGCAUUAUAUGAUAAUGAACAGAAUGCUACAUCAAGUCAAAUUUUAAAUAUGACAUCAACGGAUAUAACACCACCGCCACCGCCGCCUAGUUAUGAAGAGAUUGUUGCAGCAACAAAUGCAAUGAAGAUAAAUCGUGAAAAUGAUAAUUCGUUUAUAUCAGGGAAUGAAAUGAAUAUUGCUCAAGUUACUCAUCAAACAAAAGAUACCGUCACUACUACUACUACUGCUAAUAAUAAUAAUAAUACAAUAUAUAGUGGCAGUAAUUUGAAUACUGGACGAACUGAGACUAGUUCCUCGUAGUUUCUGCAAAACUCCUAAUGCUGAAAAUGUUUUUUUUUAAAUUUGAUUUCUUUUGCCUCUUGUACUACUACUACUACUACUGUUGAUUCUUUUGCUAAUCUUGCUAUAAGUAGUAUAUCGAUUUCGUUUCUCUUCAAUAAAACAAUCCACUUAUUUAAUAUAUAAAUUCUCAUUGUUUUUCGCUUAUUCCAGAAAUUAAAUUUCUCAUGUUGUUUUUUUAACCAUUGAAAGACAGAGAUCUUAUCAUUCUUUUUCAGUUUCUAUCUAUUCACUUAUGGAUUCAAUAAAUCAGAAUGAUUAUUACCUCCCUCUCUCUCUCUGUGUGUUUCCCCACUCUGUAGCAUGUAAGCCUAAAGCAAAUGAAUUAGAAAACUGUCUAUCAGAUGAAUACUAACUGAUAAUCAUUAUCUAUCUUGUACUUAUCUAGCUUACAGGACUCUUCACGAAUGACAAGACGAUUGAAAGGCCUAUUGAUAUUGAUUCCCGAUUCUAUUCUUUACUUUAGUAUUAUUAUUAUGAUUACUACCACUUUGUAUAGUUCAUAUUUGUUUAUUUAAACAAGGUUUGUUCCUUGGGUUGUAUCUAUUCUUCGACUUUUGUGUUUUUUCUAAUGGUGUGUCUAUUGUGAUAGAGAUUCUCUCUUCUAGUUGUGAUCUUUCAGUUAUAAAAGUAAAUUGAUGGAUAAAAAUUAGGUAGAAGAAGUUAUAGGAUUGUAGAAAAAUGAAGGUUGUAUUUGGGUUUUUUGCAAUAAUUGAUUGGAAAGAGAGAAAGUGGACAACUGAUGCAUUGUACUAUCUUACAUUUAAUUAUACAUAUAUAUGCAUUACCAUACAUGCAUUUAUGUAUGUGUGUGUAUCUAUAAAACAGUCCUUACUAUCUUUUUUCAAUUAAUCUCUAUGUAUGUUUUCAUCUCGUGUUUUGUUUCUAUGAUGACAAUCAUAAAUGGAUUCGUCUUAUUAUACAUGGCGAAAUCUGGUAUAUAGAUAGAUACUUGUAUCCAUGUCUACUUUUCUGGUCAGAGGUUGUUUAUAGUUGAAAACGCAGAAGGUGAAUUACAGUCAUUUAAAAAAAGAAUAAUUUUCUGUUACUAAGUAAGUUAGAGUUUUACUCAACAAUUGAUCAUAUUCUAUUUAGGUUACUUAUAGUAGUAGUAAGAGACAGGUGAUUGAAUAUGCACCAACUUGACAACUCUUAUCAUUUGAAUAGCUAACUAAUGUUUAUCAAUGAGGUUAUUUGUGUUGAACAGAGAAUUAUUCUAGUUAGUAGAUCGAUUAUCACCCUGAAGAAGUCCAGACAAGUU